UCCCAUGUAUGGACUUCCAUUCACACAAAGCUUGUUUAACAUAAACCAGAAGCAUUGGAAUGUUUGCCCGUCAUAUGUAUGGUUUGGAAAGAUUAGGCAGACUGGAAACUACUGAGACACGAAGGGGCAGGGAAGAUUAAUGGGCACGAGUGAUAUCAGCUCCGAGGCCACAUUGUAGGUCAGACUUUUACAAUAAGCAGUGUGUAUGAAUCAUUGAUAUUCUCCCUCUUUCCCUCUUUAGGAUACUUACAGAGAGCUACAAUGGAAAAGUCCUGGAUGUUCUGGAACUCCAUUGAAAGAUGGCUGAUAGCCUUGGCUUCCUGGUCUUGGGCUCUGUGCCGCAUUUCUCUCUUACCUUUAAUAGUGACAUUCCAUCUGCAUGGAGGCAUUAUCUUGCUUUUGUUAAUAUUCAUAUCAAUAGCGGGUAUACUGUAUAAGUUCCAGGAUGUAUUGCUUUACUUCCCAGAACAGCCAUCCUCUUCACGCCUUUAUGUUCCCAUGCCCACCGGUAUUCCUCAUGAAAACAUUUUCAUCAGAACCAAAGAUGGAGUGCGUCUAAAUCUGAUUUUGAUACGAUACACCGGGGACAAUUCACCCUACUCCCCGACUGUCAUCUACUUUCACGGGAAUGCGGGCAACAUAGGUCACAGGUUACCAAAUGCACUGCUUAUGUUGGUUAACCUCAAAGUGAAUCUUUUGCUCGUCGACUAUCGAGGCUAUGGGAAAAGCGAAGGUGCAGCCAGCGAGGAAGGACUGUAUUUAGACUCAGAAGCCGUGCUGGACUACGUGAUGACGAGGCCCGACCUUGACAAGACCAAAGUUUUCCUCUUUGGCCGUUCCUUGGGGGGGGCAGUGGCUAUUCAUCUGGCUUCCGAGAAUUCACACAGGAUUUCAGCCAUCAUGGUGGAGAACACCUUUCUAAGCAUACCACACAUGGCCAGCACUUUGUUUUCAUUCUUCCCAAUGCGUUAUCUUCCUUUAUGGUGCUACAAAAAUAAGUUUUUGUCCUACCGAAAAAUCUCCCAGUGCAGAAUGCCUUCGCUCUUCAUUUCCGGACUCUCUGACCAGCUAAUUCCACCAGUGAUGAUGAAGCAGCUCUAUGAGCUCUCCCCGUCUCGGACUAAGAGGCUGGCCAUUUUCCCAGAGGGAACGCAUAACGACACGUGGCAGUGCCAAGGCUAUUUCCCUGCACUGGAGCAGUUCAUCAAAGAGGUGGUGAAGAGCCAUUCUCCAGAAGAGAUGACAAAAACUGCAUCCAACGUGACCAUUAUAUAGUGUCCCCAUUUUUCUGAUGAAUGCAUUUGUAUUUUAAUUUGUGCAGGAUGAUAAAGAAUGUUCCUUUCUAGAAGCGUGUCAUGUCUGUACUUGUCUGAAGAGUAACAUUAAAUUCUGAAAGGACCUCAGUGCUCCUUUAUGAUCAUCCAAAUGGUUUUAUUUUUACUUUUGAAGAACUGUACUUUUUGGGUUAUGGUUAUUUCAUACAAAACUUUCAGUGUGCUUUGUAUCCAUAACUUUUGUUUACUAUGUCAGUAUAAUAGAGAUUAUUCAAAAGUUUCUUGUUGCAUAAGUGAUUUGAUGUCUGUUCCACUUAAGGUGUGACAGAGGUAGGAGAACAAGAGGCCUUAGGCGUUAUUCCUCUUCUAGUAAUUAUUGGGACAAUCAUGGUAUAAGCAAACUUAGUUCUGUAACUGCAUUUUUCACCUUAAAAGUUAAAAUGAAAUGCAUGAUGGUAUUUUAUUCCUCAACUUAUGCAACGCAGCAUUUUUAAUGUAAAUAGCACUGGACAUAUACCAAUGUAUAUGGUUACCUGGGUUAUAUCUAUUUUUAUGUAAACUCUAUUUUGUUUUUGCAAAAAGUGGAAGUGAGGCCUCUGUGCAGGUUGCCCUUGAAUUUUUCCCUGGUAAAGGCUGAGAUCCAGCUGUUUCUUAUGAAUAAAUGGGACUGUGUUUUCCAGUA